AGACAUCGAAAGUCUGAGAGUACGAUAGUUAUGUAGUGAAAGGGCAUCAUGUACGUCAACCAUGUUUUAAUUUUAACAGUAAUUUCUUGCUGUUGUCUGAGCGUGUCGGCCCUGUGGUCACGUGAACUACAACACAAGCUAGUCAAUGUGAGGAGUGUCACGUUUCUAGUGACAGUAAACGACACUUGGGAUCCCAAUGGAUGCAUUGCAACUGUAAAAUCCCCUCCUCUGAGGCCGAAUGUCAAAUACAACUAUACCGAGCAGAUCAAUGUUGGAACAUGCGAUCACGGGCCAUUGGAUUUCCGGGUUUCGACCCUCAACGACAGUGUCAAUGCCGCGACCAUUCACUUAGUAUUUCACUCCUCUGUAGUAGAGGAUGCUGAUCCUCCUGCGUGUAGCAUUGGAUGGAAUGGUACCUACCUUGUCCCACGUGACCCAACCAAACCUAACCAAUCCCUACUCCCUGGUUGUAUGACGGGAGAUUCUAGGGAAGGCUAUCACAUGACCUACUACUGGUUCCAUAUUCUUGAUUGGUCUUUUUAGUAAAUAUAUAUCCUGACA